UGCGGGGCCGGCAUGGCGUGCCGGGCGGCCGUGCUGCUCUGGCUGCUGCUGGGCGCCCGCCACGCCGCCGACGCAGCCCUGCUGCAAGCCAACAGCAACCUGAGCUGCCGCUGCGCCAAGACCACGGCGACCUUCAUCCCGCCGCGGACCUACAGCAGCGUCGAGGUCAGGCCGGCGGGCAGCAGCUGCCGGCGCCAGGAGCUCAUAAUUACGCUCAAAAACCGCAAGAGAGUGUGCGUGGAUCCCGACAGCUCCUGGGUGAAGAAACUCCUGCAGGACCUUCCCAGCCUGAGGAAGAAAGAGGCUCCUCGCUAGGGAAGCUGCCGCGGGGCGGCCGGAUGGCCUGAGAACCGGCGCCGCUCGACGAAGCCCCGCGGCGCUUCCACCAGCGCGCUUCCCCCCUUUCUACGCUUGCAGACCAUUGCAGACCGUUGCAGACCAUUGCAGACCAUUGCAGACCACCCAAACCAUUGCAACGGCGCUCUGUUUCCUCCCACCCCCGCGCGAUGCGUCCCGCGGUGCCCGCGGGAGGCGCGAGCUCCCCUCGGGGCGCCGCCGACCGCCUCUAUUAAACCUGGCAGCCCGCA